CAUGCGCAGAGGUUUGCCCCUCGCCGCCCUCUUCGCUGCAAAAAACUACCCAAGGACGCGAGCUCUCAUGGAGCUCGAGCGAGCGAACGCCGGCCUGAGAGUCGCGGCUGUAGUGGUGAUAGUGGUGAUAUUGGUGCUGCGGCAGGCGGAGGGCCAGAGCAACAUCGACACGAGACUGCCGAUCAUGAGACGGUCCCCGGGACGGACGGACGAGUCGCACGGAAGCGAUCUUUUCGGCUUUGCAAUCGCCUUUCACGAGAUUGAAGAGGUUACGUUAGAGACGGACGGAGCACAGGAAGCAGCAGACAAAACUAGACUAAUAGUGGGGGCUCCCCAGGGAACGUUCCCAGGAGGACUUCCUCUGGUGGACCCUGGAGGACGAGCAGAGGAGAGGACUGGUCUGGUCUACACCUGCUCCAUCACUCCCGACAACACCGAGGAGCUGUGUGGAGCCGUGCCGGGAAACGAUCAGACUGGAGUUGUAAUAAACAGUUUAACUAUCUCCGUCGACAACGACUUCCUAUCAGCAGGGAGCAGGCUUUUCGAUCAGAGACCAAAUGCUCAGACAAUCAACAGAUUUGGCAGUCUACGACAAGCUGAGCAUAAGACGGACCAGUUUCUGGGAGCAACUGUCUUCAGUCGUGACGGAAGACUACUGGUGUGCGCACCAAUCUGGACGCCAUUUGGUUUAUACAACCCUGUCAUAAGCCGAGAUGGGAAUUCCCCGGCCGUCUCCAAUGCCUUGCCGCAGGGCCGCUGCUACUAUACCAACAGAGAACUGACUGACGUUAAUUUCCUCGACCCGUGCAAUGUGCAAGUCGAACAAAUGGCCCAAGUAGACCGAGGCUACUGCACCACUGGAACUGAUGUCGACAUGCUGGAGGUG